GGCGGGGCGCGGAGGUCACUGUGGGCGCUGAGGGGCGGCGGCGGGAGCUGGGCCGGGGGGGGUGUCCCUGUGCCCGUCGGGGUCUCUGUGCCUGUCGGCUGGCGCGGCCUUGCCCGGGCCUUUGCUUGUCCGCCCCGGCGGCAGCGGGGCCCUGAGGGCUGUGCUGGCUCGAGGGCGAGCCAGGGACCGAGCGAGGGAAGAGGAGCUCGGUUUCCUGAGGUAGAUGUUUUUGCCCCGGCCCCGCUCUCUAGAGGAAGCUGCUCUUGCUCCAUUUUGAUGUUGGAACAGCAGAUGAACUCCCUCUGAAGCAAAUGUCAUGCCAGUAAAGACGUUGAAGCAGCAAGAAAAUCAUCUCUGUCUCUGAAGACUGAAUUGGAGACCUUUGUGAAUGAGAUGUUCUUAAAAUAGCUCCACAGCAUGUUAUCUUCCCUAGAAGGUGGAGAAUUGAAAACACCACCAGAAGCCACUUGGUUUUGUGUGAGCAGAAUCCCUAAUGUUUUUUGGAGUGGGGAGAGAAGCAGGUUACUUCCUUUUCCUCCAAAUUAAAAUAGGUCUCUCUUCCUUACCGUUGGACUUCAACAGACCUAAUCUGUGAAGAUAAUUAAAGUUCCUUUGCUCUGAAUGCUUGUCACCACGUGGAAGGACUCUUAUGGAUGCUCAAGGAAAGCACUGGAAGCUUGAAUGCAUCUAAGAAUUAUGGUUUAUCAAGUAGAAAACUCCCUUGAGGCUGUGAUACUGCUUCGUAUGCUGAUAGCAGCUUACUCUCUAAAAAGCUUGAUAAUGGCCCCGCUACCGAAUGCUGAGUUAGUUCAGAACUCUCUGCAGUUGUAUCGUUACCUGCUUCGAUGCUGUAAGCACCUUCCUGAAGAGAAUAUUCGUCAGCAUUACAGACAUGCAGUCAGGCAGAGCUUCAAGGUUCAUGCAGAUGAAGACAAUCCUGAGAGAAUCCAGCAGAUUAUUAAGAGAGCCAUUGAAGAUGCUGACUGGGUCAUGAAUAAAUAUAAAAAACAGAAGUAGAAGAGGAAUGAUGAAGACAAGAAUGUCAUUGGUAAACAUCCUUAGAGGACUUGCAGUCAAGCCCACUAUUAUAUUGUAGUUAUUGCCUGGAGUUUUCUCUUAGAUAAUACAAAUACAAUAAUUUGUAUCUCAUUGGGAUGUCAUGAAGCUAAAUUAAUAUUUCUGAAGCUAUUUGUGUCAGUUGAUUAAAAGGCACUGUCUAGGUUCAAAGUAUUAGCUUGUAUAAUCACAAACUUUAGCUUAAAGCCUAAACUUGUCUAAGAUUUGCAUAACGCAGAUUGCUUCUCAGGAAAGCUUACUGAGAGUAAAAAUGGUGUACAAGUCAUUAACUUGUAUUUAACUAGUAUCUGAGCAUGAAGUUCUAUGCUGGGAACCUGCAAACCUGAGAAAUGCUCAUUGAGGAUCAGAGCAAAUGUCUCUUCUCUUGAUCAGAUUCUCUUCUGUCAGGCCCGUAGGUUGUUUUCAGAGGGAAGCAGAGGUAUCACCAGAGCACAGGUCUGGUUUUUAUCUGGUAGCAGACACAAAAGCAAAGGCUACUGAGCGGAGGACACACCCAUAAGAACUGUCGGCCCAUCUGAAACUUGAACUACAGUAUUUCCACUUGCUUAUCCGUGCUACGGGGACAUCCUCAUUCUACUCUGUAGGUUUGUGCUUGAACAAGGAUUGUGAGACUGAAUGGUUGUCUUGUUUGCAGAUAGGUGCCUGUCACCCUAAUAUCUAAACUCUCGUGAAAAUAGACGCCAUUCAUACAGGUUCUGUGCACUGAAUAGUAUAAUCACUGAAAUGUGUAAUGUUGUACACACAUAAUGGCCUUCACAACUUCUUCCAACAUGUAAUAAACGUCCUUUAAAAGUGGGAGUCCAUGUCCU